AUGAGACUGGGCUGUCUGUAUGAGAUGCUGCAUGUCACUCCCCCAAUGGGUCCCCCCGACAUGCUGAAAGGUUCCCCCUUGGCUGACGAGGCAGGCUGGCUCAACCUCAACAAUCAUACCCUGCAGCACCAAGUUUACCCCAACGUCUUUGGCAUCGGAGACUGCACCAACCUGCCCACUGCCAAGACUGAGUGCCGCCGCUCUGCCCAGUCUGCUGUUCUGGACAGAACCAUCAGCCCAGUAAGGAAGAAUGCACAGCCCGAUAAAAAGUAUGACGGCUACACGUCGUGCCCUCUGGUCACCAGCUACAACACGGUCAUCCUGGCCGAGUUUGACUACAACGGCCAGCCCCUGGAGACCUUCCCCCUGCACCAGAACAAGGAGCGGAGGACCAUGUACCAGAAAGCCGACCUCAUGCCAACCCUCUACUGGCACGGCCUGCUCAGGUGAGGCCCGCUGUAGGGCCAGGGAGUGAAAGCCCCAUUUGGAAACUCCCACUCCCAUUGUCAUGGUGACACAGCACACAAGUGAACACUGCACAUAACAAAAUUGCAUUUAUGCCUCACCUGUGCAAGGGGGCAGCCCUCAAUGGCCUCCUGCAGGGGCAGGGAGGGCUCAUAAAAGCAGGGCCCAUUUUGAUUUUGAGUUU